AUGAUAAUUUAUGAAUCAGCUGCUCAAUUGAACUUGAUAAAUUCGAUCAAUCGAUUCUUCGCAGUCUACACAAUAUUCCUCUAUGAUAGAAUAUUCUCUAGUCUGAAUACUUACUUCAUGAUUACGAUUUCAUACGUUAUUUCUAUUUCUAUUUGUGUCACAUUCUACGAAAUUCUUGGAUGUUAUCUCUACUUUGAAUCCGAAUAUUGGAUAUUUUCGUACCCGGAAUCAGAACAUUGUACUCAUCUCACGUGGUAUUGUGACUUUAUUUUCAAUAUCGUACUGGUUGUUUCUACUUUGAUUCUCAAUUUGUUGGCGGCCUUCAAAGCUAGAAAACUACACAGACAGAUAACAUCUUUGGAUCAAAAUAUGAUAUCUUAUCAAAGGCAAAGAGAUCUGAAUUUCAUUCGUCAGUCGUUCUUCCAAGGACUUUCAAUGAGUGUUGCAUUGAUAUUUUAUCAUAUAACUGCUCCACUGAUCAACAAUAAAAUUCUUUUGUUUUUGGAUGCCAGCUUAUGGGCAUUUAUGUUGGCAUUCGAGGGAGGAAUCAUAUUACUGUCAAACAGAGAAAUUUUCACAGCAAUAAAACAGAAGAAGACAGAAAUAACAUCUUCCGUUUUCAUGCUCGAUCUUCAUUGCACUCGGUGA